UAUAGUUUUCUAAAAUUAUCUAGUAGAACUGUAUUUAGAUAAUAUGCAUUUCUGAUAAGCUUUUAGGAAGAGUGUCUUCUACUUUGGGGGGUUAAUGCAUUACGGAGACCCUUACAGUUUCCGUCGAAAUAAGCUAACGAACUAACGUUACGGCUAUUAGCCACAAAUAUCAUAUCAUAUAAUACAAUACCAUAAUAAUUACUACAGCUAUCCACAAAUGCCAUAUAAAAUAAAUAAAAUAUAAACCUCACAGUUUAUACAUCUAUUAGCCACAAAUAUCAUUAAAAAUGCCAUAGUUACUACAAAUAUUAGACACAAAUAACAUAAAAAUAAAAUAGGCAUACCUAGUUACUACAAAUACAAAUACAAAUAUCAUAAAUAAAGACAAUGAAAAAUACCAUUACUACAGCUACCAACUGAAUAAUAAACGUAUAGAUCUACUAGCUCUCACUAUAAAAAUUAUAUGAAAUAAAAUGUGACCACAAAACCAGUCAUAAGUAGCACGGCAUACAAUACCCUGUAUGAGUUAAAAUUAUCGAUUUUUCUUUAAUGCCAAAAAUCAUUAGGAUAUUAAGUUAACAUCAUGUUUCCGUUUCAAUAUUUUGUAGAUUUCCUACCAUAAAUAUAUCAAAACUUAAUUUUUGAUUAGUAAUACACAUUGCUAAGAACUUAAUUUAGACAACUUUAAAGGCGAUUUUCUCAGUAUUUAGAAUUUUUUUGCACCCUCAGAUUCCAGAUUUUCAAAUAACUGUAUCUCAGCCAAAUAUUUUCCUAUCCCACACACCAAGGAAAAGCUUAAUUAGUCAGCUUUCAGAUGAUGUAUGAAUUUCAAUUGCAAAAAAUGGACCGUUAUGUCUGGUUUUGUGGUCUAGGGUCACAAAUGACAGAGACAUUCAUAAAGGUUUUGUUUUAGUGUUUUAAAAAUAUUUACUGCGUUACUUGUUUAAGGUGAACUCAGCAAUAAACAGGUCAGAUGCUGUACAGUAAUACAGAAACAGGCCACCGACCACAUAAAAAAAUGUCCCCAGAGGCAGUACUUACACACUGAUUACGACAUUUUAAACACACACCACCUCUGUUUUGGCUUUUACCUUCACCCGCUUGAGCAGAUGGCCUGAGCCCAGAGCCCCGUCCCAUAGACUGACAGGAAGGAGAGCAGAGAGAUGGAAGGUGCUUGGGAAAUUGCAUUCGUGUUCUUCCAGGUGUGGCUGUCCAUAGUAGUGGGGCUUAUCAUGUUACCUGCCAUGUUUGGUGUGUCCCUGGGGUUCACAGAUAUCUACAUCAAGGUGCUGGUUAAGACACUGGAGUGGGCGACUCUCAGGAUCCAAAGAGGACAGAAGGAACAGGCAGCACUGCCAUCACAGUCAGCCAACGGGAUCAUUGAGAAAGAUGAUGGCUCUAUGCAGGAGGAGAUCGGAGAGCUGCGACGAUCCCAUCCUAAAAAUCUGGCGGGGGGAGACUUUACACUGUGUGAUGCCUUCUAUUUCUGUAAGAAAGGCAUUGAGAACAUUGUUGAGGAUCAGGUGACUCAGCGCUUCACGUCGGAGGAACUGGCUUCUUGGAACCUCCUCACACGAACCAACAACAACUUUUGUUACAUCAGUCUGCGGCUCACCAUCAUAUGGGGCCUGGGAGUUUUCAUACGUUACUGUAUCUUGUUGCCACUGAGGAUCACGUUGGCUGUUAUCGGAUUGAGUUGGUUGGUGAUAGGAACUAUUCUUGUUGGAUUGCUUCCUAGCAGCAAUGUGAAGAACUGGCUCAGUGAUUUGGUUCAUAUUACAUGCUACAGAAUAUGUGCCAGAGGCCUGUCUGCUACCAUUCGCUAUCAUAAUAAAGAGAAUCGGCCGAAAAAAGGAGGUAUCUGUGUUGCCAACCACACUUCCCCAAUUGACAUUGUCAUUCUGGCGAAUGAUGGAUGCUAUGCUAUGGUAGGUCAAGUUCAUGGAGGCCUCAUGGGGGUCCUCCAGAGGUCAAUUGUGCGGUCCUGUCCCCAUGUGUGGUUUGAGAGAUCCGAGAUGAAAGAUCGCCAUGCGGUUGCCAAAAGGUUAAAAGACCAUAUUGCUGAUAAAACUAAGCUGCCAAUCCUGAUCUUCCCAGAGGGAACUUGCAUUAAUAAUACAUCGGUCAUGAUGUUCAAGAAGGGAAGCUUUGAAAUCGGUGGAACUAUAUACCCAGUAGCAAUCAAGUAUGACCCUCAGUUUGGAGAUGCCUUCUGGAACAGUGCCAAGUACAACAUGGUGAGCUACCUCCUCAGGAUGAUGACAAGCUGGGCCAUCGUGUGCAAUGUGUGGUACCUCCCACCUAUGACUCGACAGGAUGGAGAAGAUGCGGUUCAGUUUGCUAACAGGGUGAAAUCAGCCAUAGCACAUCAGGGAGGACUGGUGGAUUUGUCCUGGGAUGGAGGACUGAAGAGGGAAAAGGUGAAAGAGUCAUUGAAGGAGGAGCAGCAGAAGAUGUACAGCAGUAUGAUCAUAGGCUCGGACUUUAACGAAGCCUCUGUUGGUCCCGCAUAAAUUUCAUCUCACACUAUUUAUGAACUUGAUCUUAAAGUGUGAAACACUUCUAGCUCAGCGACUGGACACAAUCAUUCAGCAUCCAUCGGUGUUGCUCCUUAUGAUUCAGCCAUAUUUUUUUUAAACUGGAAAGUGUUUUCUUGAGAUCUGAACUUGUCCUUCUUUGUUUUCAAAUAUGUACAGAAAUCUUAAAAUAGUGAGGAUAUAUAGUUACAAGACAUGCUGAAACACUCAUACUUUCACUUUGUUCUCAGUCGUUGCUGGGAGUUAGUUGUUGUCUGGUUUCUUUCACAAUCCACUGUAUAGAUGUGCAUGUUAAAAUAUCCACUUUGUGCAUGUUCAUAUUGUAUUUCUCAGGUCCAGUGGGCUGUUCCUGUGUGGACACUAGAGGUCACUGUUACCAAACGAAAGACACAUCAGACAGCUCACUAUCGUGAUUGCCUUUCCUAAUAAAAUAAUGAAAUUAAAUAUU